AUGACAUCUUACAAGAGGUGAGUUUCACCCUGCUCAUUAAGAACCAACUCAAUAGUGAUACAAACUGUUUAGACCUCCUCUCCUGGUCUGGGUCCUAGUCUGUUGUGGAUGACCUCCUCUCUGGUCUGGGUCCUAGUCCUGUUGUGGAUGACCUCCUCCCUGGUCCUGGGUCCUAGUCUGUUGUAGAUGACCUCCUCUCUGGUCUGGGUCCUAGUCUGUUGUGGAUGACCUCCUCUCUGGUCUGGGUCCUAGUCUGUUGUGGAUGACCUCCUCUCUGGCCUGGGUCCUAGUCUGUUGUGGAUGACCUGCUCUCUGGUCUGGGUCCUAGUCUGUUGUGGAUGACCUCCUCUCUGGUCUGGGUCCUUGUCUGUUGUGGAUGACCUCCUCUCUGGUCUGGGUCCUAGUCUGUUGUGGAUGACCUCCUCUCUGGCCGUGACCCCACUCUCUGUGGGUGUUUCAGGGAGAAUGGAUUGUGCAAAAAACACAUUUCCAUGUCACACAUGCAUAUUAAAAGACACGUGUACAUGUGUUAAAUAGGACAAAUAUAAGCAUCAUCUCCCCAUAGAGUCAAAGGGUUGAAGUCAAGAACGUGUUAGUAUAGCAGGAAGGAAUGGUAGUUGUAGAUCUUCAGAAUGACUAUUACAUAAUAAUAUAGUCUCUAUCUGUUUGUCGUCUGUCUGUGUGUGUGUGUGUGUGUUGGGUGUGUGUGUGUUGUGUCUCUGAGUGUGUGUGUUGUGUUUGGUGUGUGUGUGUGUGUGUGUCUCUCUGUGUGUUUGUGUGUGUGUGUGUUUGUGUGGUGUGUGUGAACUGUGUGAUGUGUGUGUGUGUGAUGGUGUGGUGUGUAGUGCUGUGUGUAGUGUGUGUGUGUGUCAACCUGUCGCCGAUGUCUGCUCGUGUUUUCCUUGCUCACUCACACAGAAUAUGACCGUCGAACCUUCCGUCCCACAGCUGAAGGAGUCAGGGUUUACCUGGCGACACCAAACUGACAUGUAAAAAGCAAGCCCAGGCCCACGAUGGAAGGUCUUCAACAGUAGAAGAGGGGUCUCCCCCCAGAAAGAAGAGGAUGAGGAGAAAAGAAAAAAAAAUGAAGAAGAGGAAGAAGAGGAUGAUGACAAAGAGAGAACUCUAA